UCCGGUGGCCUUCUCCGACAAAACCCCCUAAAUCGCCAUGACCGAGCCCGAUUCCAAUCACCCCUCCACCCUUUUCCCCAAAUCCACCCACCGUUCCGUCCCCGACGACCGGACCCAGCUCAUGGAUUUCGAUCUCGACUUGGACUUCCCUUGGCCCUUGGAUCAAAUCCCUUCAUUCGCUUCCAACCCCAUGUCCCCUUUUCUCGUUUCCACCUCCGAUCAUCUCGGUUCCCCUCUCUGGGCCUUCUCCGAACCCGACGACGACGACGAUUCCAAGUUUCCUGCCUCUACCUGCUCUGUUCUUGGUACUUCCAAUUCCAAUUCUGUACCACAAAAGCCGUCCGAGAAUCACAAGUUUAAAAUUCUUCCAGUUCAAUCUUCAUCAUGGGGACUAAUCCCAUCGGAGAAUCCAGAUGGGUAUUGCUUAAUCAAAGAAAAAAUGGCACAAGCUCUUCGAUACAUUAAGGAAUCCUCCGACCAGCAUGUUCUAGCUCAGGUUUGGGCGCCCGUAAAAAGUGGUGGCAAGCUUGUACUUUCAACUUCUGGCCAACCCUUCGUCCUUGAUUCACAGAGCAAUGGACUUCAUCAGUAUAGGAUGGCCUCUUUGACUUUUAUGUUUUCUUUGGAGCCCGACCAGGAUGGAUAUCUUGGUCUCCCUGGUCGUGUUUUCCAGCAAAAGUUGCCUGAAUGGACUCCAAAUGUGCAGUAUUACUCAAGCAAGGAGUACCCUCGACUUAGUCAUGCUCUUCACUACAAUGUUCAAGGAACUUUGGCUUUGCCUGUUUUCGACCCAUCCGGGCACUCUUGUCUCGGUGUUCUUGAGCUUAUUAUGACCUCACCAAAGAUCAAUUAUGCACCUGAGGUGGACAAAGUCUGCAAAGCUCUUGAGGCUGUGAAUCUAAAAAGUUCAGAGAUUUUGGAUCAUCCAAAUAAUCAGAUACAUACUUCGCAAUGCUUUUCAAACCAGAUUUGCAACGAAGGUCGACAGAAUGCACUGGCUGAAAUUUUGGAGGUACUCACAGUUGUAUGCGAAACUCAUAACUUACCAUUGGCUCAAACCUGGGUUCCGUGCAGGCACCGAAAUGUGCUCGCUUACGGUGGAGGUUUGAAGAAAAGCUGUACUAGCUUUGAUGGUAGUUGCAUGGGACGGAUUUGUAUGUCUGCAACCGAAGUAGCAUCGUAUGUUGUCGAUGCUCACAUGUGGGGUUUUCGUGACGCAUGUUUAGAACAUCAUUUACGAAAGGGUCAAGGUGUUUCUGGGAGAGCGUUUUUAUCCCACAGCUCAUGUUUUUGUGGAGACAUCACUCAAUUCUCCAAGACUGAGUACCCUUUGGUACAUUAUGCACUCAUGUUUGGAUUAAAGAGCUGUUUUUCGAUCUGUUUACGAAGCACGUUUACUGGAGACGAUGAGUACAUUCUAGAGUUUUUCCUGCCACCGAGUAUUGUCGAUUAUCAGGAACAAAAGACUUUGUUGGGUGCAUUGAUGGCAACAAUGAAGCAGCAUUUCUACACUCUCAAAGUUGCUUCUGGAAUCAACCUUGAGGACGAGGAAGGACUUGUCGAGAUCAUUCAAGUGUCGAGAAAUGGAGGAUUCGAGUCGAGAAUUGAAUAUAUUCAAAUUCCUCGACCUAUGGAAUUGCCUCCUCACUCUGAUGCCAUGCCAAAUGCAGGAGAGGUAGUUGCAUUAGAAAAGCUGCAGCAGCAAUCUUUAAUGGUUCAUGAUACUCCAAAGGACGAAAACAAUAGCGCUCGGGACGACGAAAGCCACAACCCUGCUCCUUGUCCACAGAGUAAGGAAGUAAAAAAGACGUCGGAAAGAAAGCGUGGAAAAGCUGAGAAAUCGAUUAGUCUUGAGGUUCUUCAACAAUAUUUUGCUGGCAGUCUUAAGGAUGCUGCUAAAAGCCUUGGCGUUUGUCCGACGACAAUGAAGCGUAUCUGUAGGCAACACGGGAUUUCACGGUGGCCAUCUCGGAAAAUCAACAAGGUCAAUCGUUCACUUUCAAAACUAAAGCGCGUAAUUGAAUCGGUUCAAGGAGCCGAAGGAGCAUUCGGUAUAUCAUCUCUAGCUACGAGUCCUCUUCCUGUUACCGUUAGUUCGAGUUCUCAUCCUUUAACUCCGGAAGGGUCUAAUCAGCAAAACUUUGUUGCUUCCCAACCAUCUGAUCCACAAUAUAAAGAAACGAACACCUCGGAAGGACAGACAAUCGACACAUGGGCUAGAUUGGAAGAUCAAUUACAUAGGGGAGUGUUGAGUCCCGAAGAACCAAUCCACGAACAAAACGGAUAUCUGCCGAGGUUUGGAAAUGGUUUGAGCAAUUAUAGAACGGGGAGUGGAUCACGGGAAGAGAGCGUCGGGACACCUACUUCUCAUGGUUCAUGCCAAGGUAGUCCUGCAAAUGACAGUGGUGUAGCUAAUAAUCCUAUUUCUAUUCCCCAGCAGCAAGAACAAUGUGUUAGAAGAGAAUCCCCUGAAGUAGCAUUCCAUCCGAUCGAUAAACUGAAUAUAUCAGCACCUGCUCGUCCGAUCCCGGAUACGCUCGUAAUGGUUGAGCCCACUGAGGAAGCAUUUGGAGGAAUGCUGAUUGCAGAUGCAGGUAGUUCCAAGGACUUGCGAAAUCUUUGCGCUUCGGUGGCCGAUGCUGUUCUCGACGAGCAAGUACCUGAGUUUUGUUGGUCCAACCCUCCUGAUAUAGCUCUGAGACAACCUAUGGAGUCUGUUUGUCACACAGUCCCUUAUAUGUCAGCAGGGCAAGACGCAAGAAGGAUGACUAUCAAGGCGAGUUAUAAGGAAGAUAUCAUUCGGUUUCGAAUUCCGUUGAGUUCGGGUAUUGUGGAGUUAAGAGAAGAAGUGGCAAAGAGAUUGAAAAUGGAGGUGGGUACGUUCGAUAUCAAAUACAUGGACGAUGAUCGAGAAUGGGUUCUUAUGGCGUGCGAUGCAGACCUGCAAGAGUGCGUAGAGAUCUCGAAGUCAUCAGGUAGCAAUAUAAUAAGAUUGUUGGUUCAUGAUAUAAGUGUGAAUCUUGGGAGUUCUUGUGAGAGUACUGGGGAGUGAGGCUGUUGGGGUUGUAGAUAUCAAAAAUUUGUUGACAUCUCCUGUCUCUCUAUAUAUAUUAUAUUGUAUUAGGAAGCCAAGAUUUAGAUCUUAGGUAUUGAUAUUAUUUUGAUCAAACUGUAUAAAAUCUUUCCUAUCAAUUGCACUCAUUCUCUCC